CCUUUUCCACGCAGCUCCGGGCACGCACGCAGCCUACGUUCUUUCUUCUGCUGCCCAUGUCACCUUGCGGUUCACCCAGCGCGCCGUCGGUAACGGGACACACGCACCCGCCCGCACGCGCUUUCCUCCUCCCACCCAUCAGCGGAAGGGUCGCACGGUCGCGCCGGGAAACGGGGGUCGGACCCCGGCCGGGAGCGCGACCCACAGGCCACACGGCAGGACCGGGUCACGUGGUUCCGCCGCCCCCGCUUCCGCCCGUCUCCAACAUGGCCGCCAGGCGCCUCAGUCGCGCAGCCCCGGGCCUCCUCGCGGUUAGGGGCCGCUUCGGGGCCUAAGUGCACCCCAUCAGCGAGGCUCCCGGGGAGCCGGCGGGGCGGCGGGAGCAGCGGCGGGAUCGCCCCGGCGCAGAGCGGCCGCGGAGGCCUAGCGAGCGCCGGCCGGAAGUCCCGCGGGCGCGCCGGCGGCGGGGCCGUUACCGCGGCGCACCGGAAGUGGCCGUGGGCCGGCGUCCGGGCCGCGCCUGCAGUGAGCGAGCUGCCUCCGGCCGGCGACGCCAUGGAGCCAGGGGCGGCCGAGCUGUACGACCAGGCCCUGCUGGGCAUCCUGCAGCACGUGGGCAACGUCCAGGACUUCCUGCGCGUGCUCUUCGGCUUCCUCUACCGCAAGACCGACUUCUACCGCCUGCUGCGCCACCCGUCCGACCGCAUGGGCUUCCCCCCGGGGGCCGCGCAGGCGCUGGUGCUGCAGGUAUUCAGAACCUUUGACCACAUGGCCCGUCAGGACGAUGACAAGAGGAGGAAAGAGCUGGAGGAGAGGAUGAGGCGGGAGGAUGCGGUGGCCGUGGAGCAGGAGCUGGAGGCCGGCCCCACCGCGGAAGCAGAGCUGGCCGGACCUGAGCGUCCCCCAGGCCGGCGGGGCGCCAGGCAGGAGGAGGCCGAGCCACCGGGUGCAGACGCGGGCGCCGACGCCGGCGCUGCGGAGGCCCCGAGGGAGCCCCCGGCCCCUCCCAAGGGACAGGAGCAGUUCCAGAGGAACCCUGACAGCUACAACGGCGCCGUGCGCGAGAACUAUACCUGGUCACAGGACUACACCGACCUGGAGCUCAAGGUGCCGGUGCCCGAGCACGUGGUGAAGGGCAAGCAGGUCUCGGUGGCUCUUGGCAGCAGCUCCAUCCGGGUGGCCGUGCUGGAGGAAAGUGGGGACCGUGUCCUCAUGGAGGGGAAGUUCACCCACAAGGUCAACACUGAGGGCUCUGUCUGGAGCCUGGAGCCCGGGAAGUGCGUUCUGGUGAGCCUGAACAAGGCGGGGGAGUACUGGUGGAGUGCCGUCCUGGAGGGCGAGGAGCCCAUCGAUAUUGACCAGAUCAACAAGGAGCGCUCCAUGGCCACUGUGGACGAGGAGGAGCACGCAGUGCUGGACAGGCUCACCUUCGACUACCACCAGAAGCUGCAGGGCAAGCCGCAGAGCCACGAGCUGAAAGUCCAUGAGAUGCUGAAGAAGGGGUGGGACGCUGAAGGCUCUCCCUUCCGAGGCCAGCGGUUCGACCCGGCCAUGUUCAACAUCUCCCCGGGGGCCGUGCAGUUCUAGUGACGAGAGGACGCCCAUGCUGUGCCCCUCCUGCUGGGACUCGCAGGCUGGUGGCCUCACCUUCCCUUCUUUCAAGGGCGAGCGGCCUCCCCUGCCUGGCGUCUGCAGACUGUUCCAGAGCAGGGUGGGCCAUGCAGGGUGCCCAGGACGUCCGUCCCAGCAGGCACAGCUGGGACCUGCUGCCCGCCCGCCUGCCCGCCGCUGUGUGUGCGCUGCUUGCUGUUCUUGUGCUGGGCGGUGGGGGUGGGUGUGCAGGGCGGGGCGAUGCCUGGCGCCUGGCGGUGUAGGGACUCUCGGCCUGACCUUGCUGCGUGGUCACUGCCGUCUCGCUCGUUUGUAAUAUGUAGUGUCACGGAACAGUUGAAACUGAGGUCCUCGCCGGUUCCGGAUAUUGGGAGAAAGUUGUGGCCACAGGCACAGCAGGGCCUCCGACCCGCUGCCUUGCCUCCACCCCCAGCGCUUCCCUCUUGUCAGACCCGGUUGUUGUAAAGGGAACUGGGCCGGGUGCCCUCAGGAGCCCAUGGUGUGCCAGCAGCCCCGGUCCGUUCAUGGCUGACUCCCGACCACGCCAUGGAGCUCCCAGCCCUGCUCCCAGCUGGGGCCUGCGACCUGGGCACGAUUGCCACACACUGUAACCUGCCUGGUGGGCUCUGCCCGCCCGGCUGUGGGUCCAGCAACCUGUCUGGCAGAUGGUCCUUCUGGAGGCCCCACCUCCAGCUGCAUGGGUGGGCCGGCUCAUCGUCACGGAGGCAGGCUGCUCGCCAGGUGGCUGGUCAGCACAUCGCCAAGGGGGCGUGAGCCGGGUCUGCAGUCAGUCGUCACUGAGCUGGUCCUGGACCUUCCGCGACCCCUCUCGGCCCCAGGCCUCACGUGUACACCUGAGUCUCCUUGUCCUUUUCCUUUGGGGGUCUCCCGGAGGGACGAGGUGGGGAGUGGCACCUGACCUCAGCGAUGUAGGAAACUUCGAGAGCCGUGUACUCUGGUCAGCAGUCUUUUUGCCCAAUUUUAUUUUCAGUGUCGCGUCUCUCCCCUCUCCGCCGGCUGUGACAGUGGCGCAAAGGCCUCUGGGAAUAGAAGGGGGGCACUGGUCACACGGCUGAUGGCGCCGCCCUGGGGUCUCGCGUGUGCCCUCUGUCCGUUGCUGUGCCGCUUCUGCCCUGUUUUCUUUCUACAGACGCGGCAGCAACAGAUCGGACUCUGAGUUCCACCUGAGGACCGCGGGCGCCAGCCUGCAAAGCUGCCCGUCUGCGUGUGGGUUUGCAAUAAAUCUGUAUUUAAGCGCU